CACCACCCCUACUAUAAUUCUCUAAUAUCAAACAUAUUUAUCCCAAACAACUCCAUUAAUGGAGCUUAGAGAAGAUUUUCCACCACCAGACGAAGCAUUAUCAAAACAGUGCCAAGAACAUCAAACUAAACGGAAGAGAAAGAACCAUAGCAGCAGCAGCAAGAUGACGAUGAAGAACAAGAAGAGGUUUACUGAUGAACAAAUAAGGUUACUGGAGUCGAUUUUCGAGUCGGAGACUAGAUUAGAACCGAGGAAAAAGUUGCAGGUGGCAAGGGAGUUGGGUCUACAGCCACGGCAGGUGGCCAUAUGGUUUCAAAACAGGCGAGCGAGGCUGAAGUCUAAACAGAUAGAGAAAGAUUACAUAAAGUUAAGAGAUAAAUACGAUAAUAUGGCUUCCAGAUUCGAGUCUUUGAAGGACGAAAAGAAGUGUUUAGUUUCCCAGUUGGAGAAGCUAAGUGAAAUGUUGGUCGAAACCCAUGGUGGAAACAAGGUCAGCAAGGUGGGUCUUGAAGCUGAAGCUGAGCCAAUUCUCCAACAGGCAGCAAUGGAAGAAAACGAUGUGUUAUUUGGGUUAGAAGAAUUUAUGAAGAUGGAUGAACACAGAUCAUUCCCGGUUUCACCUGAGAAACCCCACGGAUUUGAUUCGGCUGCCGAUGGUCGUUUGCAGUGGUUGAACUUUUGGACUUGAAAAUACUUUUUGUGCCAUCACAGCCGAGAAUUAAUCAGGGAACUGAGACAGCAACCUGAAGGAAAGGACAUGAGAGAAGUGGCCAUUGACGACGGUUGCAUGCCCUGAUCUUCAUGUCACAAGCAAGACUCGGCCACCUCUUCUUAAUAUUUUCCGUGUUUGAUCUCCAUGAUGUUAAAAAAGACUGCAGUGGGCUGUUUCCAGUUGUAAACCAUAGAUAACUCUUUUUUUCUAGUUUCUUUUUAGGUUAUGGUAUUAAUAGAUGAACAUAUGGUUACUUUAAAAUAAGCUAUGGAAUUUCUCCAGAAUCCAGUAGUACACCUGGUGAUGCUUUUGAAAAAU